AUGAGCAAUUUGAAAAAGAAAAAGCUGCACAACGGGUUGCCGCAGUUAUCUCUGCUGCAGCCCACCAUGACGGAUAAAUCUUGCAUCAGUACCGCCAGCUUUCUCGUUUUAGAAAACGACUGCUACCAGCCCCUGGUUGCGGUCGAGAACCAGGUGGCGAACUUCCGCCGAAAUAAUGAUCCGCAGGCGAAUAACAACGGUGACAGAGCCGCCCGCGUAAAUUCGCGGAACAAUUUGCUCGGACCGGACAACGAGCGGUUGCAGCUACGACGAAAAUCCGAC